AUGACAAGUCUGACUGGUAAAGACGUAAAGUUUGAAUGGUCGGAGGCAUGCUCAAAAAGUUUUGAAAAGCUAAAGGAGCAUUUGACACAGACGCCUAUAUUGGUUUUACCAAAGAUGGGAAUUCCAUACGUGGUUUUCACAGAUGCAUCAGGAUCUGGUCUAGGAUGUGUGCUGACACAGAAAGAGCGUGUGAUAGUUUAUGCAUCUAGACAGUUACGGAAACAUGAGGUGAAUUACCCGACCCACGAUUUGGAGUUAGCAGCAGUUGUUUUUGCUCUUACGAUUUGGCGGGCUUAUCUUUAUGGAGAGAAAGCACAAAUAAUGACGGAUCACAAGAGUUUGAAAUAUAUUUUCACUCAAGGAGAGCUGAAUCUAAGGCAACGCAGAUGGGUAGAGAAAUUGGCAGAUUAUGAUUUGGAGAUCACUUACCAUCCGGGAAAGGCUAAUCAAGUGGCCGAUGCUUUGAGCAGACGCAGAGUCAAUGCUUCGACUACAAAAGAUGUACAAGAGCUAAUUGCGACAUUAGCUAGUCUGAGUUUAUGCGCUACUACAGUAGGAGAAAAUUCUUUGGGAUUAGAAGCUGUAGACCAAGCAGACUUAUUAUGGAGAAUUAGAGAGACUCAGAAAGAUGAUUUUGCUCUACGGAAAUUGGUGAACAAAGAAGUGGCUGGAUAUCACACUGAUGGUAAUGGAACAUACCUGUACAGGAACCGGGUAUGUGUCCCCGAGAACGAGGAACUUAAAAGACAGAUUUUGCGUCAGGCACACCAGUCUCGUUUUUCUGUACAUCCCGGAAACACAAAGAUGUAUCGAGACUUGAAGCAGUAUUAUCAUUGGGGAGGCAUGAAGCGAGAUGUCGCUACUUGGGUAUCACAGUGUCAAACAUGUCAGUUGGUGAAAGCAGAACACCGAGUUCCUAGUGGACUUUUACAGAAUUUGCCACUACCUGAGUGGAAAUGGGAUAUGGUGACAAUGGACUUUGUUACCGGACUACCAAGGACAAGUAACGGCAAAAAUGCGAUUUGGACAGAGACCCUAAGUUCACAUUCGAUAUUCUGGCAAGCAUUUCAAAAGGCAUUGGGUACAAAGGUACGCCUAAGUACGGCCUAUCAUCCACAGACGGAUGGUCAGUCUGAAAGGACAAUUCAGACAUUGGAGGAUAUGCUGAGAGCAUGUGUCCUAGACUGGGAAGGCAAAUGGGGAAAAUAUUUGCCACUAGCUGAAUUUGCCUACAACAAUAGUUAUCACUCUAGCAUUGAAAUGUCACCAUAUGAGGCUCUAUAUGGAAGACCGUGCCGUACGCCCCUAUAUUGGACCGAAGUUGGGGAGCGCCUAGAUUUAGAGCCGGAAAUAGUCCAAGAGACAGUAGAGCAAGUGGAGUUGCUUCGGAGUAGACUUAAGGAGGCGCAUGACCGUCAGAAAAGUUAA